AGUCGUCAAAUUGAAUUCGUCAGUGUCGCACCAAGCAUUAUAUGUGCUAUUCAAAAAGUUCUUUUUAAAAUUAUAUGACUUGUUCGACACGUACAAUACUAUUUAGUUACACUCUACUCUUAAUGGAAAACAUUUACAUAUGUUUAAAACUGAAAUGAAAUUAAAAGCAAUAUAAAAUUUAAACUGUCGAUCCACUGUUUGUUCUGUGAAUAAUCUUGAAAUGUUUCAAUAGAAUAUCAAUAGAAAUUCAAUGCCGCAAAAACUGACAUUACGAGAGCGCGUUGUGAGAAAGUCAUAUCGUGAGAAACACUAAACCUAAAGAAUAAUACUGAAAUAUAAAAAAUAGUGAUAAAACUUCGUUUAUUCAUUAACUGAACUUAAAGGCUAGCAAAGUGUAAUUUCACGUAGAAAAUAACUGUAGGGUUUUAAACCCCAAAUGAAGUACAAGGGAUGUUAAUAUUAUGGAUGUCAAUACAUUCACAAGCCCAGGAUCAGGGGAUGAUAAUAACUCAACACUUCCCUCUUCACAUUCCUCAACACCGAUAUUAUCAAAAGAUAUAUCAUCCUCAUUACAAACAGAAAGAUUUGUUAAAUUAUUAAAUUGUGAAUCUGAAGGUAUAAAUUGGCCAACAUACUGGGGACCGGAAAUAUUUUGUUAUUUCGAGAAACCUACACCUGCGCAAAAUGAAACUCACCACCUGCCUUCCUAUUCAUCAGACUUUACUAAUGUUGAUUCAACUAAAGUGCCAUAUGAAAAUCAUAACAAUUAUACGAAUUUUAUCUACAGUUUCAUGUCCUCGAUAUGGGAAAAAGCGAAUAGCACUGUCAGAAAUAUUUCAUCUGAAUCAAUGAUGACGAACGUUAUGGAUACGAUAUCAUACACAUGUAAACUGGAUACCGUAAAUAAUUCAGAGGCUAUUUACCAAUGCAAAAGUAAAAAUCUGUCCAAAAAAUUUGCAGAGUUUAUAAAUGGGAGUAUACAAAGUACUAUCGACAAUUGCAUUUAUAAUACAACAGUUGCUGUUAAUAGUGUUGCAAAUCCUGUGUCUGAACUAGAAGUUUUAUUGCCACAAUCAUUUUCAAAUGCUACAAUUGGAAUAGUUAAUGAGUGUGUCAGUAAUGUAAAUCAAAUACUGAAUUGCAGUAAUUUGAACUUGAACAACUCUAUUUUUGAAAAUGAACCGUUUAAUUUCUCCGAUUAUAGUUCGCUUUUUUUGAAACCGAUUCAAUGCUACUUAAGUUUAACAAUCACACCAACAUUUAUGAACAGCAAUAUUGAAUUUUUUGAUCCAUCAAAUGACUUUCCCACGCUAUCUUCAAACAUCGCAUCAACGCCAUCAACAGACUUUCCUCUUAGGGUAUUCAACCGAAAUUACGAUUGGAGCUUUCUGUUUGUGAUUAUCUUCAUUUUUGCCGGUGGUUUAGGAAACAUCUUAGUUUGUCUCGCCGUAGCUCUAGACAGAAAACUACAAAAUGUCACCAAUUACUUUUUACUCUCUUUGGCUAUAGCAGAUUUAUUAGUCAGCCUCUUCGUUAUGCCGUUAGGAGCAAUACCUGGAUUUCUGGGUAAUUAUAAGCAUAAGGUAUUGGCCAUUUGGUUUAACGUGGUGCAAUAUUUAUGUCACUUGUGAUGUUCUUGCGUGUUCGGCCAGUAUAUUGCAUAUGUGUUUUAUAAGCAUUGGCAGAUAUUUGGGGAUCAGGAAUCCAUUAGCCACCCGACACAGAUCCACAAAGCGAUUGACUUGCAUCAAAAUUGCAUUAGUUUGGGUCAUGGCUAUGCUCGUCUCAAGUUCAAUUACAGUAUUAGGGAUUAUAAACGAAUCAAAUAUUAUGCCACAAGCACGCGUGUGUGUCAUUAACAACAGAGCUUUUUUCGUUUUCGGUUCCCUUGUGGCUUUUUAUAUUCCUAUGCUUUUGAUGGUCUCAACAUAUGCCCUUACAGUACAAUUGUUACGCAAAAAGGCGCAAUUUGCAGCUGAACAUCCAGAGAGUGAAGUCUUCAGGAGGCUUGGUGGUCGUUUCUCAAGUAAAACUCAAUCUCAACAAAUAUCCGGCACUGACACAAACCAAAAAUAUAAUUCAGUGUCAGUAAUUGGGCAGAUUAAAAGAUCAUCAAAGCAUAAUUCAAGAACAACGAAUUCUGUCAGUAAAAAAAUAAUUACACAUUCACACUCUCAACAAAUAUUAUCUUGGAGAAGAUCAGAAAAUAUCACAACAUCCAGCGAAAACAAUAUAAGUACAUCGCAACCACACUUGGAUUACAGCAGAAACAACCACAAAAACUUUGUGCUAAGAUCUACAAGAGCAGCCACGUGCGAUCAAAGUACACAAACUCCCGCAUAUACCACACAAGGAAGCAGACAAAACAGAUUAAGAUCAUUAAAGUUACACUUUAAUAGUGUCACACCCACUAGUAUUAAUUGGAAUUUAAGCAGAUUAUUUGGCAGCCGGAAUAGAAGAAAUGAUUUAUCCGCGAAUGCAGUUGCUAAUGAGCAGAAAGCCACAAAGGUCCUUGGUGUUGUAUUCUUCACAUUUGUUUUAUGCUGGUCUCCCUUUUUUAUCCUCAAUAUCAUAUUUGCCGCUUGGCCAAACUGCCACGUACCUGAAAAUGUUGUUGACAUUUGUCUAUGGCUAGGAUAUGUCUCUUCAACUAUUAAUCCCAUCAUAUAUACUAUUUUCAACAAAACUUUUAGAGCAGCAUUUAUACGUUUACUGCGUUGUAACUGUCAAAGGUCCGGACGAUCACCACGUUACACAUCCGUAAUGGACAACAGAGGCGCUGCCAGCUUGUGCGGCCCUUCCACAUUGCCUUUAGCUAUUUCUUUACAAGGCGCACCAUUGCUUACACAAUCAACCACCACACCAUUAAACGAUUUCCGAGGUAGUUAUACAAUCACAGACGAUGAAUGUUAGAGCAAUUUCUACUUCUGCAGGAGCCCUAUUAACUUGGUACACUACCAAAGCACCGCCACAUAGCAACUGAUACUCAUUAUAAUAAGAAAUGAUGUUUGUUUAAGAAUUUUUGUGUAGUUUCAAAUUAAGAAUUCUUUAUUAAUAAAAUUGUAUAGGGAUAAAUUUUUUGUUAUAUUAUUUACUCAUUUGAAUAAUUAAAAAAAUACAAUAAUCCUAUAGCACUAUAUAUGUUACUUAAAGAGAUGGCAAAGCGUCCCAGCUUUGCGGAAUGCUCGAACUCACGAGAUAGAGCUCACCGUGAAUUAGCUUUUUGCAUAAUCUUUCGGAAUAACUGAUCUACUAGAGAUCAAAUUGAUUCAUAAAUCACAAAAGCAUUUCAAAAUCAAAAAAUCGGUACUUAAUCGAUUCAUUACCGAUGAAGACCGAUUCAGCCGGGUUCUAAUUUGCAAUACUUUUCUAAAAAAAUCCAAAUUUAACCAAAAAUAAAAAUGAGCCUUCCAAAGUAUUUGACUUUUAACCUUCAAUAAUUCAAAAUGGCGAAUUUUCCGGUCAUAGGUAUGUUUAGGCGAAAUAUUCGCCUGAACCAGCUCUAAAACAUAUCCAAAAAUCAUUGAAAAAGCUUAGGCCAAUUUUGAGAAAAAUUGAAAAAAAAACAUUAUUUUUAGGGAAUAUUAAUUAUUGGGGAUGUAAAAUUAUUCAAAAAUCGGUACUUAACCGAUUCAUCGCUGAUGAAGACCGAUGCAGCCGGGUUCGAAACUGCAAUACCUUUCCAAAAGAUCCAAAUUUAACCAAAUCGGUUGAAAAAUGAGCCUUCCAAAGUGUUUGACCUUUGACCUUCAAUAAUUCAAAAUGGCGAAUUUUCCGGUCAUAGGUAUGUUUUGGCGAAAUGUUUGUCUGGACUAGCUCUAAAACAUAUCCAAAAAUCAUUGAAAAAUCUUGGGCCAAUUUUGAGAAAAAUCGAAAAAACUUUACUUUUAGGAAAUAUCAAUUAUUAGGGAUAUAAAAUUAUACAAAAAUCGGUACUUAACCGGUUCAUUACCGAUGAAGACUGAUGCAGCCGGGUUCGACAUUGCAGUACCUUUCCAAAAAAUCCAAAUUUAACCAAAUCGGUUGAAAAAUGAUCCUUCCAAAGUGGUUGAACUUUGACCUUCAAUAAUUCAAAAUGGCGAAUUUUCCGGCCAUAGGUAUGUUUGGGCGAAAUGUUCGCCAGGACCAGCUCUAAAACAUAUCCAAAAAUAAUUGAAAAACCUUUGGCCAAUUUUUUGCAAAAUUGGAAAAACCUCAUUUUUGACCUAUUUUUGAGGGAUAGGGAACGUACAAAAGGGGAGGGGGGAAGUAAAGAGGUUGGGUGCGAGAUAAUGUCAUUUGAGGAGGGGUUAUCGAAGACCGGAAGUCGAUAUCUCUUACCGUUUAAGCUCCAGAACAGUGAGAAGUUGAAAAAAAGUCGAUUAUAUAACUGCUCUCUCUUUGAGUUCGAGCAGUAAUAAAAUUAAGAAUUUGUAAACAUAGGAACAACAGUAGAAGUAGAUAGUUGAACAACACUAGAAUCGAGCUAGAAAACUUAUGUUUCUUUUUGUAAUCAAAUAAAAAAGACUGCUAAUAUGUA